UUUCGUGACCGAGUAUAGCCAUCGUGCUACGACAUCGUUUGUGCGAGCCACAUAUCCACCGGUUUCGCGCUUCUUACGUAACGCAAGGGGAUCUAUUACGUUGGAAAGUAGAAUCGUUCGGUGUAUGCAGACCGAUGAAAAAAGAAAAGAGAAUUAGCGCGGCGACGAUGCCACUCGAGCGAUCGUGUCUUCGAAUGUUAUCGUCGGCGUUUCUUUCGGCGCGACGUUUCACUCUAAAAAGGAAGGAAAGAAAAGAACGGAAAAGAAAGACGGAAAGGAAUCGAGGUUGAUACGGAAUGCGCGCCAAUUCGGCUGUAAAUUGGGCACGCGGUGAACUGCCGCAGCCCCGCAGCUGGAAGGUGACAGAGAAGACGAAAGGCAAGGAGGAAAAGAUGUUGUUACGUGGUCUGCGUGUUCCAUGUUCCAUAUUCUGUGUUCCACGUCUCGUGUUCCGUGUUUCGUGUUCGAUUCGACAUGCUAGAACGAGCUUCGAAAAUUUCGGCUGCGAAAGAGGUCUCAGGUUAUCGACCCAUUGGCAGUGGUCAGUGAUGGUAACGGGCGAGCAAGCGAGCAAGCGAGCAAUCGAGCAAUCGAGCAACCGAGCACACGACCAACCGGACAACCAGUUCAUCCAUCCGAUGCACGGUUCGGUCCUUCACCCGGCAUUAUCCCGAGUGUUACGUACUCGCACGUAUAUUACACGUGCUCGCAAUAUGUACGACGUCCUUUUUUGCGAAUCGCAAUUAGUCAAGACACGAGCUGUGCGCAGUGACGAUCGAAUCUGUAUCCGACCGAUUAAAAAAAUAGAAAGUUUCCUAGGGUAAAUGGUUGUUGCCGUGUCAAAAGAAAACGGUGUUUACGAGAUUGCUAUGAAAUUUAUUCGACUGAGAAAAUCGACCAGAUUAAAGUAAACGAUUAAAAGGGUAAAAGCGUAAACAGGGUUACACGACGAUGUUCAUCGACAAUAUGUGGACGUAAAGGAAUUGGAGGGGUCGGUGGAAGAGUCGAAAAGGGGGCGAGGAAGCAGCCGUAGCAGUGACAUUCGACCGCCAAGAAUUAAAAUACGGCCGCGUGGCGAGACUCCACUAUGGUUUCUAACGGAUCGACCGAAGGUCCCACGGGGGGCUUCCACAGAAGAUUCGGGAGACGGUUCGAAGAAGGAAUAACGGACGGUCAAAAACCGCGUUCUCGUACCCAACCGGAGUCCGGGGCCCGUUAUUAGCCGUUAGAAAGGAAACCCGUUCGAAGGUGGAUUGUGCGGGCGUAGGUAUCGCUAAAAAUUACCUGACACGACCCGUUUCCCGUCUCGUUCUCCCUUUUCAUUCUGUAUCUGUAUUUAUACAUGCGUUAUAUUCGUACAUCUAUACAACGUUGCAUUUCUCCGCUCUUGUCCGUAAAUCGACGAGCGAUAAAAUUUAUUUUCACGCGAAACUUUGGCAAAAAUAAUCGACUCGAUCGGUUAAUCGUUGCGUAGAAAAUGGAAUGCUCGUAACUCGUAUUAUCUGUUCUCGCCUAUCGCUUAAGUGUACCCACACGCUUAUUCGUAACGUUAAUCGCUCUCAUUAAUUUCUACAUGGUUAAUCUUCGGUCAGUUACGAGUUAAUAACUCGUGAAUUUCGUCGAAUCCCGAAAGUUUUCUCUUAUCUUCGAAAGAGUUAUCUCUCGCGUGAUAUCUACCGUUGCAAUUUCUCUGGUCGGUAAUGAGCAGCUCGGUUUCGUUCUGUUUGAACAGAAGGCGAGGAGAAAUCGUGGACACGACGAAAGAGGAAUCGAAUUGGAACGUCGAAACGCACGCGAUAGUCGAAGAAAAGUGGUAGCGGGGAUUAGAUGGGUCAGCGUGCGAAAUGGCUGUUCUACUCGACCGACGGUGGGCUCGUUCCGCUGUUAUAAUUCGAAUUUUUCUCAGAAUAUUCAUGCAUCUCCUAGUCGAGUAUCGGCUCGAUCGCUAGUACCUGCAAGCGGGAACGACUGCGUGAGUGCGAAUGGAUCGUGUGCGGUUCGUGUACGCGUUGUAGGUUCCUUGGAAGGCGGUAGGAGGUUGGAAUCGCGAGGUGACGAAGGAGGGAGUGGUAACACCUGGAAUGUACGUAAGGUAAACGGCAUCCGGGCAAUGCCCUCGCAUGUAAACAAUCAGAAAUCGCAAACUUGAUUACGCGAGCAAGUUGUUUCUCGCGUAUGCACACAUUCGAAGAAUCGAUCACGUUUACGUGCACGCAUGCUCACGAUCCGUAACAGUUAUACAUAUAGUAGUACGAGGACUUCGGUAUAUGGUAGCGUACUAGUUCUCCCCUUUUCACCUGUCUCCUUCUCCUAUCGAAAAGUCUACAGUUUAAUUCACCGAUAGCUAGGUGCUACAGUGUGACGAGAUCGGAUACGUCGAAUUAGGAAUUACGAUGUUUAUCGAGCGAGGAGCAAUCGAUAAGAGAAAGGGGACAAGAAAGUUGAACCAGAACUGACGAAGCAUCGGUAGCUGAUAACGGUGGGAGAUGACGUGUGAGAUGAGAUUAUACUCUGGUUAAACUAUAACUCGGUCAAACUAUCAGUACGAUAUAGCGGCACAUCAUCUUCUUCCUCUCUUUUCCUUUAUACGACCAUGUUCUUCCGUUUUCUACCGAUACCGAGAGAAAACCGAGUCGUAUCGUUUCUUCCCACCUCUCCAAAUGUAAACUCUGUGUUAUUGUCUCAAAGAGCCAAAGUCAAAUUUGUCGUACGUCGGCGAGAUCGUUCGAUCGAGAGAAUCACGCGACUAAACAUCGGAACAAAGUUACGAAACGAUACGUCUUACGUCGUCGAUAGGUUCGUCCGACGGAUCUUGGACAAGCAGAAAAAACGAGAAAGACAACUUUCCAAGAGAUACGUAAAAUUAUCGUAUAGAUGUACGUGCAGGAAGAAACGAAUAGUCAUACAAACAUACGAUGCAUGUUUAAAGCUUCUGAAGGUCGAAUAUUUAUCUCGAGACACGCGUAGCACUUGGACGUAUCAAUAUUCCGGCUAAGUCGAUCGUAACUCUUUUUGGUUUCGGCGAAUCGGUAUCUGUUAUUGGCCUGCUGUAUUAAUCGGUGAAUCAUUUUCCUUUCGUCUCGCGAUGGGGGUUCGAUGUACGCGUCCGAUAAUAAUUGAACUCCUCUGCUUCUAUCGCUGUUGUCGCAUCGCGCGUGUCUUCUCCUGCUAAUUGUUAUCAAUCGAAAUUCAUACUCGCCUCUUUUUAUCUCCGUUCUUAUUCCCUUCCAUUCGAAAUUGUUCGAAAGAAAAUCCUACGCUAAUUAUACUCGAACAACGUUUAUCAUCUCGUUUCGAUGAUUCGAAUUUUACAGAGUGAAACGAACGAGCGCACUCGUAAUCGGAUCGUCGAGUGACAUCGCAUCGGUUUUCGCAACCAAUUUACACGAUUUAUGCUUCUUCUUGGACAUACUUGGCAAAAAGCGAAGAAAAGUCGUGAAACCUGUUGCUAAUCGUGUUACUAUAUUGCGCAUGCAUUACUAUCGUAGAGAAGAUGUUGCCGUAAAGAAGACGAAAUUCGAACAAUGAAAAUAUCACAGGGUGGUAUCGAAACGAUCAAAGCUGUAACUCGUGACACACAUAGCGUAGAUAAUAGAUAAGUGACAAAGAUCGAUUCGACGAGCCAAGACGAUUUGAUCCAUUUUUUCUUACGUUUCUCCCGUUAUCGUUUUUACAUCGAGGAUGUUACGUCAAGUUACAUCUUGUUGCGAAGAAAGGCAAAAGUAUGGGAAAAUAAGCUAUCGUUGCUGUUUCCAAUGAAAUCGAGGCCUUGAACUUUACGAUUAACAGCGAUAAAUCGAUUAUUUUCGGUCGAAUCGAGCAAACGUGAAGCCGAGACGUAGAGUGACAACACUUGGCGGAGUACGUGUUGUUCAUGUUGCAGUAAAACGAGCGUGCGUUCUUCCCGGUUUCGAACGAACAUUACUACAGAGAACUCGUAUGUGUUCGAUGGCAAAAGGGAUAUUUCUGGUAUCGUCCCUGGUGAAAACCGGACAUGGCUAUCGAGAAAGAAUACGAACUGGGUCAAUGACCCAACCGCCGAAGAACCGCGAGACUGUUCAGCGGUGGCCAGGUCUGUGUCAGUAUACGUAGCUGUGUGAAAAAUGAGAUUCGUUUAAACGCUGAAGAAACAAUCUUGCUGCUUAAACGAUCGUUCGUCUUAUCGCUUGUUUCACGCUCGUUUCUCGUAACGUGCUUUCAUGUUCGCGAUUACGACCUUGUAUCUGCUGAAAAGGAAAAAUGCGCUCUAUCCUUUGAACGGAGAAAUAAUUCGCGGCUCGGUGGAAUCGGUUACGAUUCGAUUUACGAUCGAAUAAACUAGACUUUCAACAAAAAAAUAGGAAAAUCAAGAGAGAAGGAGACGUCUUCGCGCGUUAGAGCGCAAAGCGUAUUUCGCCUUGUUCGCGUAUCUAUUAUGCGACACUGUUCUAAUUUUCUCUUGUUUAUCCCUUUUCCAUUGUAUGUGUAAAACGCAUGUCGAAGAAGGAGAGAAGGAGGAGGAGAAAGAGAAGGAGGAAAAAGAAGAGGAGGAGGAGGAAAAUGAGGAGGAGGAGGAGGAGGAGGAGGAGGAGGAGAAGGGACGACAAAGCAAAGAUCGAAAGAAUAGCUGACCCGAAGCGGAUCCUUUGCGUGUAAAACGGAGAGGCACCGUUGGGUUUGGUGAUAGCGAUCCCCACCAUAGGUUGACGGUUUCGAAUCCCUGCAGGGGGCCCGAAUGCCCCCACUCUAUGGUGGCGGUAGAAGAGACCUCGUGGUCUUCGACCAACGAGACUGUGGUACAAGGAGUCCGCCCUUGCACCCUCGACGGAAGUUGGUCCACUACCCUGAAGGCAAAGCUCGUGUCGUACCCCCACCGAGUUUCGUGUCACCGUAACUCGUUCAACGGACCACCGUCUUACCUGACUCCUUCCGCUCCUUUACGUCCGUCUCUGCUCCUCUUUGUACCGUUGCCCCACCAUAUUCAGGGACUGCCGGGGGCAAUUGGGAGGCAUCCGGGGGGCCAUUUAAAGCCGCUGGGGGGCCGGUACUCGAUGAGUCACUAUAUAAGCGGGCAAGGACAAGAAGGUGUAUGUUAGUGUACACUCAAUCUUCCCGUGGCUCGCACGAUUCACGAAGUAGCGAGCGCCGGUGAAUUCGGCUGCGGCUGUGACCGACUUUUUUUUUCUUUCCCUUUAUUCUUUUUCUUUUCUCACUCUUAUUUCCUUUACUCUUUUCUUUCUUCACUCUUAUUCCACUCCGAUGCGUUUUUCUUCUUUUACCUUCCACUAUUCCAUUAAAUAAUUGCCCAGCUCCUCCUCUCGCUCUCUUACUCGCUCUCUCUCACUCUCUCUCUCUUUCUCUCUCUCUCUGUCUGUCUGUCACUCGUUUCUCCCAUACUUCCAUUGACUCUCCCACCACGUUUCUUCCCCUAGUGCGUAAGAACAAGCGAGCGCGUUUAUCACCUGUGCGUGCACGUUUUUCCUACUCAUUGUCUCUGCUAGUUGAUACGAUUCGCGGUUUCUUUCUCUAUCCGUUGCAGCGGACACUGCGUCUCGCGAUAUUUCACUUUAUCUGAUUUUUCGGCGAGCCUUUUCGAUCGUUGCGUAAUCGUUACUAAAUCGGUAUCGACGAUUUUUCUUCCAUCGUUUUUGUUUUGCUUCAUUUUUUUUUUUUUUUUUUUUUUUUUUUUUUUGAUAAAUCGCUCCAAUUAUCCUCUCUCGUACACGUGCGCACGCGCACACGCAUAAACGCAUACGCAUUACACAGAAGCGUGCGCGCGCGCACUCUCCUUCCCCCUCUCCUCUCCUAUUCCCCUAUAUUCCCCUCCAGAUUAUGCCCCACCAGCCUAGUCAGAUUUGAUACUUAAAGCCGCGAAUUUCGGAAGCAUCGUUUCGAGUAGGAAAAUUGUGUUCGUGCCGAUACGAAACCAGCCAGAGGGAAGGUUGACCGCUGGUUUUUCGUCGGGACGUGCGAACGUGUCGUGACGAGAAGGGAUCGAAGAAGUUCUGACAGAAAGAAAGCGAGAAAGAGGGAAGGAAAGGAAGAAAGGGUCGUAGAAAGCGAAAGGAGACGAGAAAAGCGGAGACAGGGUUGAAAGGAAGAAAGAGGCGACAGAAGAAGGUGCUACGUGGAGAAAGGAGAGAGGGAAGAAAAGAAAAAGAAGCAGAAAGAGAAAGAAUAGGAAGUAACAGCGAAGGUUGUGUAUAAUAUUAGGCGCCGAAAAGGUCGAGGUGAUAACGAAAAGAGAAAGUAAACGAGGGAAGGGUAGAAAUUCAAUUUACGAAGCCGAGGGAAAGUUAGAACGAUAAGAAGAGAAAAUAUACGGAGAGGAAGGAAGAAACGAGUAAAAGUGUAUCGGGAUUAAGGGUUUGAGAGAAGGAAGCUCCCUAUUUCGAAUUGGAAAAAUCGAAGGGAAAUUUCGUUCCCGAAAUAUUUGCAGAAACGAACGCAAAACGUAUUAUUAUAAAAGCGUAAUUGAAUAUAGCGCGAUGUUAGUGGAACACGCGACACAAUGGGCUUGGCAAGCAAUGGGUGGCACGAGAAUCGAGGUCCUUUACACGUUUCUCGUGUUCUUAGGUGUAUUAUUGGUAGUAAGGUGCAUGCAAUGGCUUAGGUAUGUGCGCUCUCUGCCUCCAGGGCCUUGGGGUGUACCCGUGUUUGGUUAUUUGCCAUUCUUGAAAGGCGACGUUCACCUCCGGUACGGAGAACUCGCAAAGAAGUAUGGUCCAAUGUUCAGUGCUCGACUAGGAACGCAACUGGUGGUUGUUAUUAGCGAUCAUCGUACGAUUCGCGACACGUUUCGUCGGGAAGAGUUUACUGGCAGACCGCAUACCGAGUUCAUCAACAUCCUCGGUGGAUAUGGUAUUAUCAACACCGAAGGUGCUAUGUGGAAAGACCAAAGAAAAUUUCUUCACGAUAAGCUCAGAGGCUUCGGCAUGACCUAUAUGGGCGGUGGGAAGAAAAUUAUGGAAUCGAGAAUCAUGCGCGAGGUUAAGACGUUCCUUCGUGGAUUGGUGACGAAACGAGGAACACCGACAGACGUUUCAGCUUCCCUUGGAAUGUCGAUCAGCAACGUUAUAUGUUCCAUUAUAAUGGGAGUGCGUUUCCAACAUGGCGACAAAAGGUUCAAAAGAUUCAUGGACUUGAUCGAGGAAGGUUUCAAGCUGUUCGGCAGUAUGGCCGCUGUCAACUUUAUUCCUGUGAUGCGUUACUUGCCUUGCCUUCAAAAAGUUCGCAACAAGAUUGCGGAAAAUCGCGCGGAAAUGGCCGAUUUCUUUCAAGAGGCGGUCGACCAGCAUCGAGCAACGUUCGACGAAAGCACUUUACGAGACCUUGUCGACGCUUAUCUGCUCGAGAUCGAGAAAGCGAAGGGAGAAGGUCGCGCGACUACGCUCUUUCAAGGGAAAAAUCAUGAUCGCCAGAUGCAACAAAUUCUCGGUGAUCUGUUCUCUGCUGGCAUGGAAACGGUGAAGACCACGCUCGAAUGGGCAAUAAUCUUGAUGCUACAUCAUCCGGAUGCGGCGACUGCCGUACAGGAAGAAUUGGACCAAGUGGUAGGAAAAUCGAGGAUGCCUGCUUUGGAGGAUCUACCUUUUCUUCCGAUAACCGAAGCGACGAUACUCGAGGUUCUUAGGCGGUCGAGUAUAGUCCCUUUGGGAACCACACACGCAACCACGAGAGAUGUGACGUUGCACGGUUACACGAUACCAGCUGGAUCCCAAGUGGUACCGUUGCUGCAUGCCGUGCAUAUGGAUCCAGAACUUUGGGAGGAGCCCGAGGAGUUUCGACCGAGUCGGUUUCUCUCGGCCGAAGGUAAAGUCCAGAAACCGGAAUACUUUAUGCCUUUCGGUGUCGGCAGACGUAUGUGCCUGGGCGAUGUGUUGGCACGCAUGGAGUUAUUCUUGUUCUUUAGUUCGUUGAUGCACACGUUCGAGUUGCGAUCGCCGCAGGGCUCGUCCUUGCCGAGUUUGCGCGGCAACGCCGGUGUCACCGUCACGCCUGACCCCUUUGACGUUUGUUUGGUACCAAGAAAUUUGGAUCUCAUCGAAGAUACGAGCAACGAUGUGAUCCCCUCCGGCGCUAUUCUGCGUAAUAUCGGCAGUCACUGAGUUUCCUGCUUUUUCGAACGCUCCAUAACGAUCAACGGAGCACGGUAAUCGUUCCUAACGAGACCGAUCCGACCUGGACCGACUUGGCCCGACACGAUCCAACCUGAUCCAAUUCGAUCUAAUACGAUUCAAUCCGAUCCAUCGUACAUUCGUCCAUCCUUAAUCAGUCCUACAAGAUUUCACAUCAUUGUCGAAAGGUUCGUUCGAACGCGUUCCAUUAUCCCUCCUUUUAUUCUUCUCUCCAUCUACCUAUAGCAUAAAUGUCGUUUCACUCUCGAUUUCUAUUAUUUAAUUUCCUUGCGUGUACUAGCCAACAUUUAUACAUAUUUAGGGUAACAUUUCGCUCUUUAUUUAUUCGCAUUUAGUCAUUAGCGUUAUUUGAUAAAUGUAUGUCGGUAUAGAACGUGUGUAUACGGUUGAAUGAUAUGAGAAGUUUGCGUGUACAUGUUCAAAUUCGUUGCACACAAUAUAUACAAAAACGAUUUCGAUAACAAUUCCGUCAACGAUGAUCCGUCACGUUCUAGAGAUCGUUGUGUUGGCGCAGUCUCGGACGUAAAAAGAGACAAAAGACUUUUAGAUAGUAAUGAUAAUAAGAGGAAUCAAUUAUUAGUAACGGUAUUAGAAAUAAGUAGUGGUAGUGGUAGCGGUAGUAAUAGAAAUAGACAAAAGUAGUAACGGCAACGAUAGUACAGGCGGUAGUAUUGGUAAAAUUAUAAUUGAUAACGACAAUAUCGAUGAUAGCGAUAGUGGUAAAUGCUAGAUUAAGAAUUUCGGGUUAAUAAAAAAAAAAAAAAGAAAAAAAAAAGGAAAAAGAAAAAACAAAA